AGGGAAUGCAUUCGUGGUUACAUCCGUUUGUUUGUAGUGAUGAACACGUCAAUAAUAAUAUUAAAGUUAAACUCAGCAAUUAGAUCUAGAAUUAAGAUAUAAAAUCUACUUUCUACAGUAAAAUAGUAGGUCCAUCUAAGGCCAUCACAUUACACUGGGUCAAAUAGUUGUUGAUGAAGGAUGUAUUGGACAGUCUCCUUAGUUGUGUUGUGUAUUGUACAAAAUGGCGCAGUAGCCGGUCCUGUUGGCAGUACAGGGGAAAAGUUAGUGCCAGUGGAUGAGAAGGUCAAGCCAAAGCCUGUCAGGAUUGCCUCAGCUGCUGAGUGUAUGGAUGAUGUCAAGAAGUUUUGUUCAGACAAGGCCAACAUGAACAACUUUAUGGUCCUGGAUUGUCUGCAGAACAGUGAACUGACUGCAGAGAGCCUCUCUACAGAAUGUAAUCAUUAUUUGUGGAACUUUAAAAUGAACUUGUCCAAAGACAUUCGCUUUGACCAAGCAUCAGAUGAGGCCUGCAACUCAGCUCUUACUAAUGUGACUGAAUGUAAAAAGUUUAAUAAAGGUGAAGGGAAGAUAAUCCCUUGUCUGAUAGAGCACUAUGAGCAAAUUAACUUUCCCACGUGCAAAACUUUUCUCAACAAAAUGGCAGCCAUUAUCUUCAGUGACUACAGGUUCAUGGACUUCUUUAUACAUGACUGUCAAAAUGACAUCCAAGUGACAAAAUGUGGCCGCUUAAAUGAGGGACAGACCCCUCACUCCCAAGGCAAGACUGUCAGUUGUCUGAAUGAGCAGAGAAAACUCCUGUCUGCAGGCUGUAAGAAAGCCCUGCUGAGGGUGGCAGAGCUGCAGUCUGAUGACUUCCACCUCGACCGGCCACUCUUCUAUGCAUGUCGCGGAGAUCGUGAGAGCUUCUGCCACGACACCGUGGCAGGAAAUGGGGCAGUUUUUAAAUGCCUUUACAAACAUUUGGGAGAAAAGUCUUUAUCUGUUGAGUGCAGGGAGAAGCUGGAGGCCAGGCAGAGACUUGUGGCAGAAGAUGUCAAAGUUGACCGCUCCUUUUAUUCAGCCUGUGCCAGUGAGAUAGAAGAAAACAAAUGCCACUUGAUCAAUGAGGUCAAUGACCUGCAGAGAUCCACUGUUUUACUCUGUUUGGAGAAAGCUCAAAGUCUAGGUAAACUCAUGAAGCCAGAAUGUCUCCAAGAGAUGCUGGAGUUGAGAUCAGAGCUGAUGAAUGAUUACAAGAUAAGUCCGGAGCUGGUCAGUGCCUGUCAGACUGAGAUUGAGAGCCUCUGUAAGAAUCUGGAGCCAGGAGGUAACACCAUCACCUGCCUUAUGAGGGCCACCUUGGCAGCUAAACACAACUUAAAUAUUCAAGUCAGUUCUCAGUGCUCUGCACAGAUUGGGGCCCUUCUUCAUGUGGCUAACCCAGGGGAGGACAUUCGACUUGACCGUCCACUGCAACAUGCCUGCGGUGAUGUUGUGGUCAAAGCUUGUAAAGACCGUCAGGCAGGACAGGGAGAUGUCAUCACCUGUCUGCUAGAGAACAUCGACCAUGAGGACAUGACUGACGAGUGUGAGGAACGUCUGCUAGAAAUUCAAUACUUUGCUGUCAGAGAUUUUAGAUUAGAUGCUCAUUUAUUUAAGCAUUGUCAGAAAGAUGCCCUAACUCUGUGCCACUCCAAUGGAUUUACAGACCCUAAAACUAUGGAGCCUGAACAAGGCUCUCUCAUCUUCUCCUGCCUCCAUCGCCACAUGCGCUCUAACCAUCCACAAGAUUCCAAGCCUUCUCGUGCUUGUGUCCAUGAAGUGAAGCGUGUCAUGAGAGAACGUGCAGACAGAAUCCAUCUUCUCCCAGAAAUAGAAACUGCCUGCAUAAAAGAGUUGUCUGAGUUUUGCUCAGAGAGUGAACACCAUGAAAAAAAUGGGGAGAUGACUUGCCUACAGGAAGCUUAUGAAGAUCUGGGAGAGGCGUGUAAGUCUGCUGUGGGCAACUACACAGAGGAGGAAAUGGAGGACAUUGAGCUGGACAGGAUACUCAUGAAAGCCUGCACACCUAUGAUCAAAAAAUUCUGCAGUGACCUACUCAACAGUGAUGCAGUUCCAAGUGAUGUGCUAGAUUGUCUAAUUGAACAUAAGAAUGUGGUUGACAUGAAUGACAAGUGUGCUGCUGGGAUAGAACAUCAUCAGAUUAUCUCUAUGAAAGACUUCAGAUUUAACCACAAGUUUCGUGAGGCUUGUCAAUUCUCUGUAGCAACAUUCUGCUCCAACAGGAAAACUAAAUAUGACGUUGUUGCCUGUCUAAGUGAACAUGUACGUAAUGAUACCUUGAUGGAAAGAGACCAGAGAAUUGAAGCAGGAUGUCAAAGACAGCUCAAGUUCGAACUUCUACAGAGAGGUGAGUCAAUUAACCUGGAUCCCAAACUAAAAGAAGCUUGCAAGAAUGACGUGAAAAAGUUGUGCAAAAACAAAAAAGAGGGAGAAGGAGAGACCCUUGAAUGCUUGAAGUCCCACAAGAAGAAACUGAGCAAAAGCUGUCAUAAAGUUGUCUUUGACAGGGAAAAAGAGGAGGUUGUGCUUGGUGACUAUGCUGUCAACCACGUCUGUCAAAGAAUGAUAAAGAAAUUUUGUGAUGGUGUGACUGAAGAAGCUGACAUUAUGAACUGCUUGAAGAGUAAUCUUGAAGAUUCAGGCUUUGAUCACAGAUGUCGGCAGAUAGUUCUACGGCGCCAGAUAGAGCAGUCACAGGAUUUCCGUCUGAAUCCCCACCUGCAAAAAGCCUGUCGCCUGGAUAUCCCCAAGUACUGUGCAACAAUUUACGACGGCUCCAACAGAGAAGAGGAGAUGGAAGGGAAAGUUAUUGACUGCUUGAAAAAACAAUUUGUCAAAAAAUCUAAGAGUCUCUCAUCUGACUGUGAGAAAGAAGUCCAGUCUAUCAUCAAAGAGGAAGCUUUAGACAUUGGCCUCAAUCCUGUCUUGUUUCAGGAAUGUAAGGAUGAAAUCCAUAGUGUCUGUGAGACUGAAUUUGCCAGUCUUCAAAAGAACGAAGAAACCGAUGAGUUUUCAGAUGAAAAAGGUCUUGUCAUUGAAUGCUUAAAAAGGAAUUUUCAAAAGUUAAAAACCAAAGGUUGUCAGAAGGCUGUGGCCUACAGCAUAGCAGAAAGCCGUAUAGAUGUCCAUGUAGACCCACUACUUCAUUCAACAUGCCUGAAAGAUCUGAUCAAACAUUGCCACAUAGUCAAACAAGGGCAAGGACGACAAAUGUCAUGCCUGCUUGCCCUGCUAGAGAGUGACCCAGACUCUCUAUCCAGGAGCUGUCAUGAAAUGCUGAAGAGACGAAAAGAUUUAUGGGAAUAUGCAGCACAGGUUGCGCCCCCUGAAAGUUUCCAAGAAAUUGUUGACCAGAUGACUGCUUCUCCUUCAAGAAAUUAUUUUUUUGCUAUUCUCUUCACUGUGAUUGGUGUUAUUUUUAUUGUUGGUCUUACUUGUGGGCGGGUGACCAAGAGGGUCAGAGCUGAGCUAAAGAACAAAUGAUUUUGUCAAGUUGUUUGUGUGCAUGUACUGGACCAGAGAGCUAAAGAACAAAUGAUUUUGUCAAGUUGUUUGUGUGCAUGUACUGGACCAGAGAGCUAAAGAACAAAUGAUUUUGUCAAGUUGUUUGUGUGCAUGUACUGGACCAGAGAGCUAAAGAACAAAUGAUUUUGUCAAGUUGUUUGUGUGCAUGUACUGGACCAGAGAGCUAAAGAACAAAUGAUUUUGUCAAGUUGUUUGUGUGCAUGUACUGGACCAGAGAGCUAAAGAACAAAUGAUUUUGUCAAGUUGUUUGUGUGCAUGUACUGGACCAGAGAGCUAAAGAACAAAUGAUUUUGUCAAGUUGUUUGUGUGCAUGUACUGGACCAGAGAGCUAAAGAACAAAUGAUUUUGUCAAGUUGUUUGUGUGCAUGUACUGGACCAGAGAGCUAAAGAACAAAUGAUUUUGUCAAGUUGUUUGUGUGCAUGUACUGGACCAGAGAGCUAAAGAACAAAUGAUUUUGUCAAGUUGUUUGUGUGCAUGUACUGGACCAGAGAGCUAAAGAACAAAUGAUUUUGUCAAGUUGUUUGUGUGCAUGUACUGGACCAGAGAGCUAAAGAACAAAUGAUUUUGUCAAGUUGUUUGUGUGCAUGUACUGGACCAGAGAGCUAAAGAACAAAUGAUUUUGUCAAGUUGUUUGUGUGCAUGUACUGGACCAGAGAGCUAAAGAACAAAUGAUUUUGUCAAGUUGUUAUGUGUGCAUGUACUGGACCAGAGAGCUAAAGAACAAAUGAUUUUGUCAAGUUGUUAUGUGUGCAUGUACUGGACCAGAGAGCUAAAGAACAAAUGAUUUUGUCAAGUUGUUAUGUGUGCAUGUACUGGACCAGAGAGCUAAAGAACAAAUGAUUUUGUCAAGUUGUUUGUGUGCAUGUACUGGACCAGAGAGCUAAAGAACAAAUGAUUUUGUCAAGUUGUUAUGUGUGCAUGUACUGGACCAGAGAGCUAAAGAACAAAUGAUUUUGUCAAGUUGUUUGUGUGCAUGUACUGGACCAGAGAGCUAAAGAACAAAUGAUUUUGUCAAGUUGUUAUGUGUGCAUGUACUGGACCAGAGAGCUAAAGAACAAAUGAUUUUGUCAAGUUGUUAUGUGUGCAUGUACUGGACCAGAGAGCUAAAGAACAAAUGAUUUUGUCAAGUUGUUAUGUGUGCAUGUACUGGACCAGAGAGCUAAAGAACAAAUGAUUUUGUCAAGUUGUUUGUGUGCAUGUACUGGACCAGAGAGCUAAAGAACAAAUGAUUUUGUCAAGUUGUUAUGUGUGCAUGUACUGGACCAGAGAGCUAAAGAACAAAUGAUUUUGUCAAGUUGUUAUGUGUGCAUGUACUGGACCAGAGAGCUAAAAGGGCAAUUUUGUUUGUCCAAAAUAUUCAAUUUUCCAUUUGAAUUCAAAAUGACUGAAUAGUCAACUUUAUUUGGGAUUUUCUAGAAUUGAACCAGUUCGCUGGGUUAAAAGAUUUGUCAAUGUUUGAAAUUUCCAUGUAUGUUGAGUAGACUGUUUCAAUUUUAAAAUCAAAUAUUUCUGGCUGAACUUUUGUGAUGUCUGCUUGAAUGAUGUUUCAAUCAAAGUUGGUCUGGAUAUCAUUAUUUGUUGCCAGUUUCAACAUUUACAAGAUAAGACUUCUUGUCAAUGCUGUGAAUAUUUUUGCAAAUUUCUGUUUGAGCUGCACUCAAAUUUGUUUUCAUGUGUCUGGUGAAUCUUUGUUUUCACUUGUCUGGUGAAUCUUUGUUUUCACUUGUCUGGUGAAUCUUUGUUUUCACGUGUCUGGUGAAUCUUUGUUUUCACUUGUCUGGUGAAUCUUUGCUUUCGUGUGUCAGGUGAAUCUUUGUUUCCAUUUGUCGUGAAUCAUUUCCUUCCAAGUUUGAAGUAUUAUUUGUGGAUUCUAUUUUUAUUGAUGCUAUUUUUAUAAAAUGUUUAUCCAAUCAUUGUAUUCUGUCUGUAAGAGGCCCAGCCACACGACUGUCAAAGUUAUCUGUAUAGACCAGCUUUCUCUGACUGUCAAAGUUAUCUGUAUAGACCAGCUUUCUCUGACUGUCUAAGUUAUCUGUAUAGACCAGCUUUCUCUGACUGUCAAAGUUAUCUGUAUAGACCAGCUUUCUCUGACUGUCAAAGUUAUCUGUAUAGACCAGCUUUCUCUGACUGUCAAAGUUAUCUGUAUAGACCAGCUUUCUCUGACUGUCAAAGUUAUCUGUAUAGACCAGCUUUCUCUGACUGUCAAAGUUAUCUGUAUAGACCAGCUUUCUCUGACUGUCAAAGUUAUCUGUAUAGACCAGCUUUCUCUGACUGUCAAAGUUAUCUGUAUAGACCAGCUUUCUCUGACUGUCAAAGUUAUCUGUAUAGACCAGCUUUCUCUGACUGUCAAAGUUAUCUGUAUAGACCAGCUUUCUCUGGCUGUCAAAGUUAUCUGUAUAGACCAGCUUUCUCUGACUGUCAAAGUUAUCUGUAUAGACCAGCUUUCUCUGACUGUCAAAGUUAUCUGUAUAGACCAGCUUUCUCUGGCUGUCAAAGUUAUCUGUAUAGACCAGCUUUCUCUGACUGUCAAAGUUAUCUGUAUAGACCAGCUUUCUCUGACUGUCAAAGUUAUCUGUAUAGACCAGCUUUCUCUGACUGUCAAAGUUAUCUGUAUAGACCAGCUUUCUCUGACUGUCCAAUGUUUGUCCUAUUUGUUUACCAGCUAUUGAAUUGUUGUCCUAGACAUGCAACAUAUUUCAAUCCUUUUUUUUUAAUGGUCUCUUUUUAAUAUACCUUACUUUUAUGGAAUGGGUUUUAUUUUUUUUAAAACAACUGACUAAACAUUUCUUUAUUCUUAACUUAAAAUAAUUAUAUUUUUAUCCUUGAGGGCAGUUGAUUUAGGGUUUCUUUAUUGUAAGAAAUGUAUGCACACACCAGCACAAAGUGCGCUUAUAUACCAACAUGGUGUGCGCUUACAUACCAACAUGGUGUGCGCUUACAUACCAACAUGGUGUGCGCUUACAUACCAACAUGGUACACUGAGUCAACAAAAGGACGGAAGGUGAUGGUGACAAGACAUGGCAAGAGAUUUAUCUCUUUAGAGUUUAUCUCAUUAGAUUUUUCUUUAUAAGCUUAGGUUUAGCUUGUAGACUGUUCUCUUGUACUUUAUGUAAGACAUGUUUCAAAUGUUCUACUUGAUGUAAAACAGGUUUCAAACGUUCUACUUGAUGUAAGACUGGUUUUAAACUUACCAGCGUGUUUUUAUGCUAAGUUUGACAUUGUUGUAAUAGGGCAAACGUUAGCUCCACGCCAUCAUGCAACUGGUACAGCAGUAAGUGCUGAGCUAGCUCUUACACUCAUGGAACCAAUGUACACUUUCUAGAGAGAGCUCAGCAUGUAUUGUCCUUCAAACUGAGUCAAAAAAUAAAUAUUUAUUUCAAACUAUA